UGAUGGUGUGCUUGUCUCAACAACUACAUCGUUGGGUUCUGAUCUGCUCGUGACUAGUUCAGUUGUCCAUUUUGGUAACGUUGGAUGCGCACAGCCUGUCCCGGCAUGUGUGUGCGAAAAUGGAUCAUUGCGAGAUUGGAUCUUCACGUAGCAGCAUGCCUCCUUGUCUGCACGGGAGGCCAGCGUCUUGCGGGCCCUUACGUUAUCGACUUGGAAACUGUGGAACCUUGCCCGCCAAGUGUGCUAGAUCGUCCAUAUCCGCUCACUAUCAGCAUGAAGAGAUCUCGCCAAAACCCACGUGUCAGAUAUUUCGACGCAAAUUUCACCAUGAGUUCGGCUUUUGAUGAGACCAAGACUAUCCGGAACGAGUUUGCUUCUUGGAGCUCCCGCGGCGGCUGGAAAGACAACGCCUUGACCAUGAAAAUCCCACGACCCUGCUCGGCUUUGAAGACCUUCCUUCCUGGCAUCUCCAAGUACUUCUGGAACAACCUCCAUGGGCCCGGCGGUCGCGUCUCGCAAUGCCCAGUGCCGCCGGGCUCGUACAGCAUUCGUAACCUGUCCACCGACUUGCAGGGCUCUCACAUCUCGUCACUGCCAGCUAUGUUUUACGGAAAAUGGCGCAUGGACUCUAAAAUAUGCGAGAAGGACGCAUGCUUCAUGUGCGUCCGCGUGAUCGCAAUGGUCAAUCCGAAGACCACUCCUCCGGGCUAGGGGCGAGGCGGGAAGGUUCCGGUGCCGGACAAGGUUUCACCUGGAUCGUACAAAUGUCAACGAUCUGAAAAUAGUUCACAUUCAACAACAACAUUUUAGCCAAUAAAAAGGAAACCAU